CGGGGGGCGGUGGCAACGGCAGCACAGCGGGGCCGCAGCGGUUGGAGCGGCCAUGGCUAGGAAGCGCAAAGCAUCCCCCCGGCCGGCGGAUGCCGGCAGCAAGAGGCGAUCCAAGGGGCUGCGGGCACUGCGGGGGGAUCCGGAGGAGGAAGAGGAAGAUGAUUUUGAAGAGAAAAAGCCCAGAGUAAAGAAGAAUGACUCCAAAGCUGCAGCUAAGAAGAAGAUAGAAAAGUGUGAUACUGGAGUUUCCAACUCGACAAAUAACUCUUCGAAACAAAAAGGGGUAAAAACAGUGAAAAAAGAAGAGAAAAAGACCCCUAGAAAUAAAGGGAAUCAUAACAAAGAGGAAACAUGCAGUAACUCCCUGAAGCCCCCUCCAGAGGAGAUAAAGCUGAAGAAAGAAUCUCCUAUUAAAAAAGAGAUGGAUGAAGACAAUACUGAUGAUGAUGAUGAAAGUGAAGAUGAAUGGGAAGACGUGGAAGAACUCCAGGAACCUGCCACAGAUAACUUAGAAGCUGCUGCUCUUCCAGUGCUGCCAAGCAACCCUAUUGAGAUAGAAAUUGAAACCCCAGAGCUGCUGAAGAAAAGAGAGAGGAGAGAAAAGAGGAAAGCUGAGUUUGAGAUCUAUCUCCGGAGAAUGAUGAAGCGUUUCAGCAAGGAGGUUCGUGAGGACACACAUAAGGUUCACCUCCUGUGUUUAUUAGCAAAUGGUUUCUACAGAAACAGGAUCUGCAGCCAGCCAGAGCUUCAUGCCAUUGGUCUCUCCAUCAUCCCCACCCGCUUCACUAAAGUGCCUGCAGGCCAAGUGGACCUUCACUACCUUUCCAACUUGGUGAUAUGGUUUGUUGGAACCUUCACUAUCAAUGACGAGCUUUCCACUGACAAAGGAGAGUCCCUUCAGUCGACCUUGGAGAGACGCUUUGCCAUCUAUGCUGCACGGGAUGAAGAAGAGUUGGUGCAUAUAUUUUUAAUCAUUCUGCGAGCCCUACAGCUGCUGUGUCGCCUCGUGCUGUCUCUUCAGCCUGUUCCUCUCAAGGAGGCAAAAGCAAAGGUGAAAAGCUCAUUCAUGAAGCAGCCUUUCAGCAGCACCUCUCAGGGGCAGAAGAGCUCUGCCAUAACACCCAAAGCUGCAGCAAAAAAAUGCCCCUGCAAGAAGGCCAAGCAGGAAGAGAAAUCCUCAGAAGGUGAAGAAGACAAGAAGGAACCAGAGAAACCCAAAACUGCUCAGCCCAAAAGGCCACGCAAGUCACAGCUGACUGCAGGCAGCCAGAAACAGAGGGAACCUGGUAAUGGGGAGAGCAGUUUGGUGGAAAAAGAUGUUCCAGUCAGGCCCAAGAACAAUCGGCGGAGACGAGUGGCUUCCAAAGUGUGUUACAAAGAGGAGAGUGACAGUGAUGAGGGCAGUGUGUCGGACUUUGAGGUUUCAGAGGAGGAGAGUGAUCUCUCUGAUGAGGAUUUUGAAGCUGUCUCUAAAAGGCGGAGGAGCUCAAUGGGCUCUCAGAAGUCAAAGGUAACAGCUAUAAAAAGCCCCGAAGUUGAGACUUCACAAUGGAGGAUAUCUCAGAAUUCAUCUGGAGCUGAGCCUAGGCCAGCAAAUAGUCCAUCUCCAGCCUUGGCUUCUGCACCGAAAAAGAGGAACAAAAUCAUUUCUAGUGAUGAGGAUGAUGGGCAGGAGGUAAGGAAAGCAACAGGCACAGACCAGUGGCUGGAGGUGUUCCUUGAGCCUGAGGACAAGUGGGUGUGUGUAGACUGUGUUCAUGGCAACGUCGGCCAGCCCCAGGUGUGCUUCACACAUGCCACAAAGCCACUUUCCUACGUCCUGGGAUUUGACAAUGAUGGGAGCGUGAGGGAUGUGACACAAAGGUAUGACCCGAUGUGGAUGACGGCAACAAGGAAGAGCCGUGUGGACCCUGCCUGGUGGGAAGACACGCUGCAACCAUAUAGAAGUCCCUACGUGCAAAGAGACGAGAAGGAGGAAAAUGAGUUUCUAGUUAAGCUUCAGGAUCAACCUCUACCAACAGCAAUUGGAGAGUAUAAAAACCAUCCUCUCUAUGCGCUGAAGAGGCACCUCUUGAAAUACCAGGCAAUCUAUCCUGAAUCAGCUGCUAUCCUGGGGUACUGCAGGGGAGAGGCUGUCUACUCCAGGGACUGUGUACACACGCUGCACUCCAAGGACACUUGGCUGAAGCAAGCUCGUGUGGUGAGGAUCGGAGAAGUGCCUUACAAGAUGGUGAAGGGGUUUUCCAACCAGGCUCGGAAGGCACGUCUCGCAGAGCCUACAAACCAGGACAAGGAGGACCUGGCGCUGUUUGGCCGCUGGCAGACAGAGGAGUUUCAGCCGCCUGUAGCAGUGGAUGGAAAGGUUCCUCGGAAUGAAUAUGGAAAUGUUUAUCUCUUCCUGCCAUCCAUGUUACCCAUUGGCUGCGUGCAGUUGAAGCUCCCGAAUCUGAACAGAGUGGCGCGGAAGUUGGACAUUGACUGCGCUCAGGCCAUCACUGGAUUUGAUUUUCACGGUGGCUACUCACACCCAGUCAUCGAUGGCUACGUUGUCUGUGAGGAGUUUAAAGAGGUGCUCAUUGCUGCCUGGGAGAAUGAACAAGCAGAAAUAGAAAGGAAGGAGCAAGAGAAGCGUGAGAAGAGAGCUCUGGCGAAUUGGAAGCUGCUGAUAAAAGGACUUCUCAUCAGAGAGAGACUGAAGAAACGCUACUCCUUCAAGACUGAACCCUCAGCACCAGCGACAGGGAAAGGAGCAGGAUCCUCUUCUGAAGAAGGAGGAGGUCCGAGCUCAGAGCUUGCAGCAGGGAAUGUGGAUCUCUUCUGGCCUCAGAAUCGCCAGUUGGAGAUGAAGAAGGAAGGGAAGACAACCAGAAAGAGCAAGCGAGAAAUUAAAGGGGAGGAAGCCCAUUUGUUUCCUUUUGAGAAACUGUGAGCAGAACAGGGUUUGCUUUGCUGUUUCCAGAUUGCAGGAACAAGUCACAACAGAUAUCCUUUACCAGUCACUCUACCUAGGAGGACUAAGCCCUUUCACUUACGUUUCUGAGCUGUCAGGGAUCAGCCUCACUCAGUAUCUAGAGCUGCUUUUGCUGUCACAGGUAAUGAGAUCCAUCCUUUUAUCCUUGGAUGUGGAUGUGCAGCGGUACCUUCUGAGAUCACGUUGUGCUGUCAGGGUUUUCUGCUCUUUUUUACAUCACUUGGCACUAAUAACUCACUUUUCUGAGGCAUUCUUCCAUUAGCACUGGCUUUUCCCACUUUUUUCCUUCCCAUUCUUUCCUGCUUGCUCAGGACAACAGCACAUGGCUGCUGGUUCAGUCUGCAGCAAGCUGGCCACAGAACUGCUGACACCUCGUUUGAUUUGUACCUUACCCACGUCAGGGGUGAGGUGAAGCUCUGGUCAGGCUGCCUCCUCACGCAAGGGGCAACAUGCAGUCAGGAGCUGGAGGAAUGUGGGAGUUUAUUUCCUAAGGAAUUCCUGCUGUUUGUGAAGCACAGGUUUGACUUUUCAGCCUGCAUCUUCCUUUGCUUUCAGAAAUCAGGGAGAAGCCCUCUCCUCAGGUCAAACUUCAGUUGCAAUACAUCUUAAUUUCAAUACACACAUGUAUUCAAAUAUAUAUAUACAUGUAUACAGGUGUAUACAUAUAUAUGCACAUAUAUUCCAAUUACUUCAGCUUUAUCAAGACCCACGUGGGUACAUUCUGAGGCAAAACCUGAAAAAGUGGCUGUCAUUGGCAGAAACAAAAACUCUCUACAACCAGAGAGUUUGUGUAACUGUUACCCAGUCCCUCAGCAUUUAAAAGCUGUUGGGAGGAGUUACAUCUGCACCAGCUUUUCCUGCAGUAGAAAUGCUCAUCUGUCUGUUGUAGUUAUACAUAAGUUACACUGACACUGUCUCUUCAGAAAGAGAGGGGAAUAGCCUAGUCAUUGCUGGGCACUAGCACAGAGGAAAGGUGAACAUGCAAGAAGAUGGUUUAUGCUUUGUUAUGUUCAGAAAAAAAAAGCUUUAUUUUUGUAUUGUAUUUGUAGAAUGAAA